GUACUCCCUGCCCCUGGUCACGUUUCUAGGCUACUCACUACACAUCAUUCAGGCUCCACGUCUUACCACUUUGACCAAAAGAAGGCCAUACUCUGAAUUCUUUAAUUCUUCUAAUCUAUUCCUCGCUGCUAGUCCUGAGUUCUCACCACCAUGUUGGUAAUACUGGCCUUCAUCAUCCUCUUCCACAUAAUCUCUGCCAUUCUUCUAUUCAUAGCAACAAUAAACAAUGCCUGGUGGGUUGCUGGACCAGAGAAGAAUCCCCUCUAUGCUGACCUGUGGUACAUCUGCAAUAACACGCAUUGCGGACCCAUACCAAACAGCGCAUCCACUGAAGCAGGCUACCUCCAGGCUGUGCAGGCGACUAUGAUCCUGUCCACUAUCUUGUGCUGUGUGGGCUUCUUCGUGUUCAUCCUGCAGCUCUUCCGUCUGAAGCAGGGCGAGCGCUUUGUCUUCACUGCCAUUAUCCAGCUGCUGUCUUCACUGUGUGUGAUGGUUGGAGCCUCCAUCUACACGGCCCAGCGCACAUCCUUCCAGGAAAAGAAGUUGGAGACGGGAAACUAUGGCUACACCUUCGUCUUAGCCUGGAUCGCCUUCCCCAUGACUUUGAUCAGUGGGCUGAUGUAUCUAGUUUUGAGGAAGCGCAAAUAGACAGAACUCACCUCACCAUCGCUAAGAAGCUAUAUUGCCUUGAGCAAUUUCUCUGUAAAUAUUCUUAUUUUUAUGUGUAGUUUUAAAUACCAAAUGCCGAAAAUAUAAAAGUACAUCAAAAGAAAGCGUCUUAUUAAGUGUAGUAUACUGGAAUCUUUUUUUCAUUAGGAAAAUGGUAUGAUAUGUAGAAUUUUAACCCUUUUUUGUCAAUAAAAUACAAAACCUCCAAAAAAAAUCAUUGUUGAAUCAAAUCCAUGAAAAUAUGCAAUGCUGUGAUUUCAGGAGCUUUACACCUGGGAAUGAAUUUGCAAACUUGAAACCAAAGAUGCUCCAUACUUCAACCUGUUCAAGAACAAGCACUUACAAAACCACUAUGCAGUUUAUUCAUUUGCUAUAGGUUCAUGGUCCAGUCAUAUUCCACCGGGACACAGCUCCUCUCCAAAACAUGGCCAUCUGGCUGCAGUCUCAGCAGCAUCUUUGACCAUUAGAUGAAUGAAAAGCCAAAGAAGGAAAACUAAAUAAGGUCAGGUUGUUUUUGGGCAGGGCACUAGACUAUACUUGAAAUGGAGUAAAUUGUUGACGGUUGGAGGGAAAAGCUGCAUAAUUGUGCCUGUUCUUGUGAAUUAGUCUUUUUCUAGAGUUUUAUCCAUAGUUCUUAAUUGUAUUGCAUGUUUUGUUGUACUUUGCUUUAUUUUAGCUUAAAACGCAUCAGUAAAUCUAUUAUUGUGUUUUAGAUCAUGCGUUAUACAUUUAGCGACCAAUACCUCCUGGGGCUUAUAGGAUUAUUUGGAAUAUUGAGUAAUAGGUGGUUAGGAUUGUGUAUGAACCCCAGACUAAAACCCAUCAAGUCACCUCUCAUAAUGAGCAAAGACUUGAGCAAAUGUCAUAUAUAAAAAGUAAUACACAUUUAAGCAACUUUUGACAAAGACUGUAUUUAUUGUGUAGUAAAUGCAUUGUGUCGCUGUUAAUAUUUUUAAAGUAUUUCUUGACCCAAAAGCUUGAAACCAAUUUCCUUCUGGCAUAUGAUAUGAAGUAGUUUAUGUAGGUUAGGAUCUUCAAAUGUUUGUAAUUGGAUGCAAUCUCAGCCAAAGGCAGCUUCUUUUGCUCAGCUUACAUCUUCUCUCUUGCCCAACCUCUCGCCUCUUCCUGUAUUUCCAAAGAGACAGACCCCCAGCCAGGGCUCGAAAAGUGUUUUUUGUGGUCAUAAUUAAAACGCAUUUUACAUUAAA